CGACCUCACUGGAAGCCUUGUUGGAAGUAAGAAGACUCUCACUCAGCUGAUCUACACGACUUCACCAGGUUGGAGAAAUGGCCUUGGAUACCAUGGUAACUGCAGCCCUCGGUCGACCUUUCACCCUGGGGAUGCUCUAUGAUGCUCGGAAAGACCAACUGGUUCCAGGUUUCUCAUUGUGGAAUGAGAAAACUGUAGAAGAGAACACAGUGAAAAGGUCUCAGCACAGCAGUGAGUUUAACAUUUCUGCAUCUGACAACACUGACUCCAAGUCCACUCUGCUGGAUGUUGAUGCUUCCCUGAAGGCCAGCUUCAUGAGUGGACUGAUUGAAGUUGGAGGAUCUGCCAAGUAUCUGAAUGACCAGAAGAACUCCCACAAUCAGAGCAGAGUGACCUGUCAGUACAAAGCUACCACCAACUUCAAGCAGCUGUCAAUGAUCGACCUUGAUACCAAGCAACCCGAACAAUCAGACAUGAUUCACAAGGGCUUUGCAACACAUGUAGUCACAGGCAUCCUUUAUGGGGCCAAUGCUUUCUUUGUGUUUGACAGUGAGAAGCUAGACACCAGCAGCGUUCAGGACAUCCAGGGCAGCAUGCAAGCUGUGAUAAAGAAGAUCCCUUCAUUCAGUAUUGAAGGGAAGGUUGACAUCAAGCUGACUGAUGAAGAAAAAGCCCUGACUCAGAAAUUCUCCUGCAAAUUCCACGGAGACUUCCUUCUGGAAAGCAACCCUGCCUCAUUUGAAGCUGCAGUGAAGACCUACGUACAACUUCCGCAGCUAAUUGGAAAAAAUGGAGAGAAGGGUGUUCCUCUGAAGGUCUGGCUGAUGCCGCUGACAUAUUUAUACUCUGAAGCUGCUGAGCUGAAAAGAGAGAUCAGCAUUGAAUUAGUGAGCAUGGCGCAUGAUACUCUUGAAGAUAUAAGGCGCCUAGAAAUAAGAUGCAGCGAUUCUCUGGACGAGGUCAAGAAUUUUCCUCAGAUUCAAGAACAGCUGAGCACUUUCCAAAAGUUAUGUGCUUGUUAUGCAAUCACCCUCAAGCAGGCCCUGGCAAAGAAUCUUCCCUCCAUCCGUGAAGGGAAAGAAGAAGAGAUCUCUUCAACAGGAGAUCUCUUCACUGACAGAGACAAGUCACCAUUCAGCCAUGAGAAACUGAGCAGGUGGCUGGAUCACAAAGAGCGAGAAAUCAACGUCAUCAGAUCAUGUGUCGCUAUCAUGGAGGGAGCAAAGAUCGUCCUGAGUCAGUCAGAGCUGGACAGAGAGGUUCUUGAUCCAGGUAAAGACCAGGUUCUGUGCUUUGUCUUCACCUCCCUGAAGAAUACUGACCCCUUCCUGGAUGAGAUGGCCCACUACUUGGACCCAAGCAAAAAUUCAGGCACAACAACUGAAGACCAGUGGUACUACUCAACUGAAGUUGUCACCAAGAUGAGAAAGAAAGCCAGAUUUAUCCAAGAGUUUAUCAAAGAACAGGAUAAUCGUCAUUGCUUCAUAGCAGCCAUUGCAAAUAGGGCAUACAAAGGAGCAGUUAUCCAACAAUACACCGACGGCGAGUUGGUAAAUCCCGAUGUACAGGGCAAGCCAAGACCCUCUCGUUUACUCCGCCCAUCACUGACCCAAUCCAGCACUGAAAUCCUGGUCCACUCAUUCGUCACAUCACGCAUCGACUACUGCAAUGCCCUCCUCACUGGACUCCCCACCAAACUCAUCAACAGACUUCAGAACUCGGCCGCCCGGAUCAUCACCCGUACCAAAUCAGCUGACCACAUCACCCCUGUUCUCAUUCAACUCCACUGGCUCCCGGUACAAUACCGCAUCCAAUACAAGAAUCUCCUCCUCACCUACAGAGCUCUCCACAACCUAGCCCCCACUUACCUCUGCGACCUCCUUCAUGAAUACACUCCCUCCCGCUCCCUCCGCUCAUCCUCUGCUGGACUACUAAUCAUCCCCACAUCACGCCUCAGUACCAUGGGUGCCCGAUCCUUCAGCUGCUCAGCACCCAGGCUCUGGAGCUCCUUCCCCCCACACAUAAGACAGUCUGACACCAUCACAACCUUCAAGUCACAACUCAAAACUCACCUGUUCAAUCUGGCAUACACUCUGUAA